UUUAUAAAGUUUUUGGGCGGCUGUUUUUUGGGGCGAGGGUUUGCAAGAGGAAAGCGCGAGGGUUUGCAAGAGGGAAAGCGAUGAGCAGCCAAGGUCAGGGCGGUAGCGGCGGGCGCGGCAAGGCCAAAUCCACCAAGGCUGUGUCAAGAUCGCACAAGGCCGGGCUCCAGUUCCCGGUGGGAAGGAUCGCUCGAUUCCUCAAGGCGGGCAAGUAUGCCGAGCGUGUUGGUGCCGGAGCUCCGGUCUACAUGGCCGCCGUGCUCGAGUAUCUAGCCGCGGAGGUCCUGGAGCUGGCCGGGAAUGCUGCCCGCGACAAUAAGAAGAACAGGAUCAUCCCCAGACACAUACAGCUCGCUGUGAGGAACGACGAGGAGCUGAGCAAGCUCUUGGGCAGCGUCGUCAUUGCCAGCGGCGGAGUCAUCCCCAACAUCAAUCAAUCGCUUCUCCCCAAGAAGAGCGCCAAGUCCAAGGGAGAAAUCGGGAGCAUGUCCCAGGAAUUCUAGGGUUCUAGCGAUCCCCCCUUCGUCUUUGCUGCGCCGGUGCUUGAGUUUUAGGAGCAUAUAAUCAAAUGAAGAGUUUAAUUACUGCUAA